GCUCACUCCACGAUGUGAGUCUGUGCUGUCACAUGCACGAGCCUCGCGAGCAUGCAAACACACAGCGCCAGACUGCGUGUCCGCACCGUGCCGACCCCUUCUUAAACUCAAGCUGCGCUUGCCAUCGCCGCUCAACGCUCGCACCUCGAGUCCACGCGCCGCUUGACGGUCGCCACUGCUGUUCGCCUGGGCGCAUCCCGCGCAGGGAGCCUGUAGAAUUGCAUCGCCAUGCCUCUCCGCAUCCCCUUCCUCGGGCGUCUGCACGUCCGGGAGUACUUCGUCCUCGCCCUCUCCAUCGUGCUCAUUGCACUCGAGUCCAUCAUCGCACUCAUCACUGUCGCCAUUCCCACGCCCAUAAUCAACAUAUUCUACCGCAUCACGCGAAGACUGUUCAACCAAUUGUCUUCGCCCAAGUCGCGCCGUAGCAGGCAGCAGAAGAAGGGCGUGUGGAGCUCCAUCGCCAAUGCUCCGGGAUUCGGAGAGCUUUGCGAGCUCUAUGGGUACUACGCGGAAGAACACGUCGUGCAGACUGGCGACGGAUAUCUGCUGGGCCUGCAUAGAUUGGCGCAUAGGAGGGGGGAAGAAGACACGAGGGUCAAUGCCGGCCCAGGCAAGGGGGGCUUGAAGAAGAAGGUCGUUUACCUGCACCAUGGACUCAUGAUGAACAGCGAGGUCUGGGUCUCUCUGACCGAGCGGGAGCGUUGUCUUCCUUUCGAGCUGGUCGAGAGGGGAUACGAUGUCUGGCUGGGCAACAACCGCGGGAACAAGUACUCCAAGAAGAGCGUGCACUGCGCGCCAACCGACCAGGCUUUCUGGAACUUCAGCAUGGACCAAUUUGCCUUCCAUGAUAUCCCAGAUUCGAUCGGGUACAUCCUCAAGACGACUCACCAGCCGUCUCUGUCCUACAUUGGCUUUUCGCAAGGCACUGCGCAGGCCUUCGCCACGCUUUCUAUUCACCCUGACCUGAAUGAAAAGGUCGAUGUGUUCAUUGCGCUUGCGCCGGCCAUGUCUCCACCAGGUCUUACUUCUGGAAUCGUCAACUCGUUCGUCAAGACAUCGCCCGACAUCAUCUUUCUAGCUUUCGGGAGGAGGUCCAUCCUGCCUUCCACCACUAUGUGGCAGUCAAUCCUUUACCCACCCAUCUUUGUCCGUCUGAUCGACGCUUCGUUGCACUUCCUCUUUGGAUGGACCGCCAGCAAUAUUACUGCACACCAGAAGUUGGCCGCAUACCCGCAUCUUUACUCCUACACUUCGACCAAGAGCGUCGUCCACUGGUUCCAGAUCAUCCGCAAUGGCGUCUUCCAGAUGUACGACGACGACGCGCCAAGCCUCAUGUCCAAUAAAUCCAAGUACUACAAAGUUGCCAAGUUCCCAACCCGCAACAUUAAGACACCUAUCGUACUAGUAUACGGUGGCUCAGACAGCCUAGUCGACAUCAACGUAAUGCUCAAAGAGCUCCCUCGCCAUACCAUCGCGAAGGAGAUCCCACACUACGAACAUCUCGACUUCCUCUGGGCCUCCUCUGUAGACCAGCUCGUCUUCCCGCACGUCUUUGAAGCGCUAGAAGACUACGCCGGUCUCGCAGGCGAAGAAGCCCCGUCCCUCGGCCACCGCAAAGAAAAGCGCUUCCGCUCACCAGGCCGCUACAAAGGCCUCCUCCCCGAAUCCGGCGCGCUCCCCGGCCCAGAAGGCGACGAUGCCGGCGACGAGUCCUCCUCUAGCCCCAUCGCCCUCCGUUCGCGGAAACACUCCCAAUCGACCCGCAAAAUUUCCUUCACCGACCCUCCACCCGCGGACGUCCCGCAGCCGCAGUCGCCCUCGGCGCAGAAAUCCAGAAUCCCGCAUCUCGCAUCAAGCUACGCCUCCGCGGUAGAACGCACGCACUCCCCCUCGGACCGCACAACCACCUUUCCCCCGCCCGCAGCCAAAGUUCCCAUCCACACACUCGAGUCCGCCUCGCCCGCGCCUUCAGCCUCGCAAGCGACGGCACAUAGCUCGACGAGUCGGCCCGAGGGGUGGUGGUCGUCUGACGAGGUGGGUGGGACGGCACAAUCAGGCCCGACAACGCCGGAGCGUUCUGCACCUCAGAAGAUAUCGAAAAAGCAGAGCUUGGAUAGUGUGCGGAGUGUGCAAAGUGGCAAGGUUGGGGGUGUCUUUGGGGAGAGGGGGAUCACAUUGGGGGUGGGGAAGGCGGUGAGUGGGUUGGUCGGGGGGUUGGGGAGGGGCGAGAGUCUGGAGAGUGGAGAGAGUGAGGGGGGAAAGAGGAGUCGGGGGAGGGUGAAGAGGGGUAGUGCGUAG